GAUAGAGGGGGAGAAAUGACAAACUACAUAAAUCAUUUCCACUAAAUCGAAGUUCCCGAAAACUUUCAUUGCUUCUCAUUCUGUUAAAAUCUCUAUACAACACAUGCUUUAUGGUGACUUGAAGGUGUCGGUGUGUCCGUCCCCCUUCAUUGGCGCACUCACGCGCUGCUGUCCGAUCAUACACACAGACACGCACGCACACACACACACUUCAAAAGAUCAGACGACGCGCAGGACGCUCAGGGUCCCUCUCAACAAACCCUCCUGGAUAACUUAAUUCGGACUUCUCAGUCACUCUACCCCCCAAAUAUCAUUUUCUCUCCUGUGAGCGACACACAUCCUCCUUCCUGUCCUAAGAGUCCAAUUGUUGCCGUGUGUGUGUUGCUUGCUAGAUCUUGGAUGAAGGAGCGGAGCCCAUGCGGACUGCUGCCAUCUGACCCACUCUUAUCAAUGAAGCAGGAGAUCAUGGCGGAGGGUCCCCGGUGUAAGAGGAGAAAACAGGCCAACCCGAGGAGAAAGAACGUGUUGAAUUAUGAAAAUGUGGUGGAUGCCGGUUCAGGGUCCGAUGAGGAGGACAGACUCCUGGGUUCUGAGGGUGAAGGCAGUCCAGCAGGUGUACCGAGUCUGGAGGCCUCACCCCGGGUAGCCCAUGCCCUGUUUUCCUGCCGCGGGGAUGAAGAAAAUGAAAGCCAGGAUGGGGCAGGAGCACAUGUCUGGCUCCAUGGAGACCUGAAUGGUUCAGAGGAGCGAAAAGCUGAAUACAACCCCAUGAGCCCUGACAUCUCUCUACAUGGAAUUGGAAAUGGUACAGUUAAGGGUAUUGAUGCCUCUUCAGAGCUGGAAAGCUUCUUUGCCAAGAGGAAACUGGAUAACAGCGAGGGACAUGCAGCGAGCAUUGCGGAAUACCUGCAUGAUACUGUUAUUAUUUACCCAGAAGACCCAGAGGAGGCUACACGACUGGGCACGCCAGAGGCCAAUGGACAAGAUGAAAAUGAAAAUGAUCUGGCACUGAGGACGCCAGAUGCCUUUGCCCAACUGUUGACCUGCCCCUACUGUGACCGGGGCUACAAGCGGCUGACCUCCCUAAAGGAACACAUCAAGUACCGACAUGAGAAAAACGAUGAGAGCUUCCCCUGUCCUCUGUGCAGUGACACCUUCGCCUACCGCACACAGCUAGAGCGCCAUAUGGCCACACAUAAGCCUGCCAGAGAUCAGCCUCAACUGCUAAACGAAGGGGCUGGUAACCGCAAAUUCAAAUGCACAGAGUGUGGCAAAGCCUUCAAAUAUAAGCAUCAUUUGAAGGAGCAUCUCCGCAUUCACAGUGGUGAAAAGCCAUAUGAGUGCUCCAACUGCAAGAAGCGCUUCUCCCACUCUGGCUCCUACAGCUCCCACAUAAGUAGCAAGAAGUGCAUUGGCCUUAUCUCUAUCAAUGGACGGGUACGCCAUGGAAUCAACAGCAAGCCUGGCUCAUCCCCAAACUCUGCUGCAUCCUCCCCUGGCAGUCCUGCCUUAGCUCAGCUCCGUCACAAACUGGAGAACGGCAGGUCCAUGAACUUCCAAGAACCAUCUGCUCACCCAGACAUCAAGUCAGAGCCCAUGGACUUCAAUGAAUACCGUCUUAUGAUUGGUGGGUCAGGAGCCUUUCUCAAUGGCAGUGGUCAUGGAGGUAGUCCUACAGGGCUGCACUGUUCAUCUCAGAACUCCCAGCAACAUCUAGGCAUUGGGCUGGAUUCUCAUCCUUUGAGCUAUCCAGCGUUCAUCAACAACAUGAGCGAGGUUCAGAAGGUUCUCCAGAUUGUAGACAACACAGUUUGCAGGCAGAAAAUGGAUGGCAACCCUGAAGAGAUCUCUAAGCUCAGAGCAUAUAUGAAGGAAUUAGGCUCCCAGAUGGAGGAGCAGAAUCGGAUUCUGGCCUCCCAGCAAGGCAUCCUUGGCAUUGGUCACAACAGUCCCACCAAGACCAUCAUUGACUACACACUGGAAAAAGUCAAUGAAGCCAAAGCAUGUCUCCAGAGUUUAACAGAAGAUUCUAAGAGAUGGCCUGUUGAUAUAAAAAAAGAAAGACCCAGCCAUGCCAUGGAUCUUCUAUCUGAAGAUAAAGCACAGGAGAGGGAUGCGCAGUAUGCACCAUUCUCUUGCCAGUAUUGCAAGGAGACAUUUUCUGGCCCUAUUCCAUUACAUCAACACGAGCGCUAUCUCUGCAAGAUGAACGAGGAGAUCAAGGCUGUCCUCAAACCUAAUGAUACUGUACCAACUGGCCACAGGGGGCUUUUCGGCUCAGAGCAGGAAGCUGGUGUGAUCCCCUCAUCCCUCGAGAGGAAUGCCACCAGCCCAGUCAACCCCUACAUGUCAGUAAUGAAAGCCUACGGCUUGAGCAGGGAGUCAGCAUUUGCCCGGUCACCUGUUUCUCUGAGCCAAUAUGGUGACUCAACAGCAGAGAUACAAGCCAUAACCAAUGGGGAUUCAGGGCAUAAGUUGUCCAAAUCGCAUCGGUGUACAGGCAUCACACAGACCAAUGAAAAGCCACUUGAAUCUGUUGACCACUUGAGAGGUGAGACACCCUCACCUUUGAAUCUCUCAUCAUCAUCUUCAUCAUCCAAACACUCACAUAGCAGUUCAUACACCCCUAACAGCCUUGCUUCUGAGGAUGCCCAUGGGGAGCCACUGGACUUGUCUUUGCCAAAACAAGUUUCCAAGAAAGAACGGAGGCCAAAACCGAAUGGUUUUUCUGUUAAUCACACUAUCAACUCCUCUGCACGUGAAACAGGAACAGAGCCUUUAAAUUUGGCCCACAUCAAGAAGGAGUUCAAUGGGCCCAACAGUUUGGGCAGUGAAAAUCAGCUGGAGAAAAGCUCGAGCCCCAUCUUUAGCAUAAACCCUUUUGGUGGUGGGCACAUGUACACCUCACUUCCUCCACAUGGAGCAUUCCCUCCUACUUUCAUGUCUACGGCUCAAGCCAGCAUUCCGGGACUCAGGCCUUACCCAGGGUUGGAUCCCAUGAGUUUCCUUCCACCUAUGGCUUAUACUUACGCAGCAGGGGCAGCCACUUUUGCUGAGAUGCAGCAACGUCGGAAGUACCAGCGGAAACCAGGCUUCCAGGGGGAGCUACUGGACAGUGCAGGGGACCUGACAGACAGCGAGUCGCUGCUUGCCCGGAAGAAGAUUAAGAAGACUGAAAGUGGUAUGUACGCGUGUGACUUGUGCGACAAAACAUUCCAGAAGACCAGUUCCCUCCUAAGACACAAAUAUGAGCACACAGGAAAGCGGCCUCACCAGUGCCAGAUUUGCAAGAAGGCCUUCAAACACAAGCACCACCUCAUCGAGCACUCACGUCUACAUUCAGGCGAGAAACCUUACCAGUGCGACAAAUGUGGCAAGCGCUUCUCCCACUCUGGCUCUUACUCGCAGCACAUGAACCACAGAUAUUCCUACUGCAAACGGGAGGCAGAGGAGCGUGAGGCUGCCAAACAAGAUAGCCACCACAAUGGCGGACCCCUGGAGCCCACAGAGCUCCUCAUGCGUCGGGCUUACCUUCAAGGCCUUGGGCCCCUAGGCUUUUCAGAUCCAGAGGACCAGACCGAGGACAUCACACGGGAAAAGACCAUUUUGAGAGAUGGAACUGAGGGGGGGACCAGGGAGGCAGAGGAGGCAUAUCCGGAAGUGACUGACAGGCAAGAGACAAGGUUGGUUGAAGAGGAGGAAAUGGAGACAGAGGGACAGAGAUUUGACACUCUGAGCCCUGAUGGAACAGCAAAAGAUGAGAAAGAGAGCGAAGUAAUGGGAGGGACAGAGGACGAGAGCUCAGAAGAGGGGAAAGUGGCAAACAAAAGAAAUCCUGACGGCGAGAAUGAGGAUUCUGACUAACUACUGCAUUGCGGAAUAAGCUUCCUGUAUUCUUUGUUUUCUCUUCCCCUCAAGCUUGCAUCGCACCCCUUUUGGAGGGACUUUGAGCCAGAUUCUCAUUUGUACCACACUGCCACGGCUUGGUUAUCUGAGCAUGUGCUUGAGGCUUGCACUCAUCGAUAUAAAGAGUGUAACUCCAAAAUCAGGCAUCAGAAACUAGUCUGGAACAUACAGGAAAACAUAUUAUGCAAAAAAAUAUGAUUGUCAGAAUACAAAUAAAAGAAAGGUUACUAAGAUGUACAGAGUUUUCGGCCAGAAAGCUGUGCGGUGCUGAUUUCCAUAUAACUCCCGUGUUUCAUUGUGGUCGUAGCACAAGCCUGGAAAUUGCACUCUGAAAAAAAAAAAAAAAGUGUUAGAAAAGAGGAAAAAUAAAAACCACAAAAAAUAAAAUGGACAAAAAAACUCUUAGGUAAAAAAGGAUUGCCUAUAUGUACUUAUACUGCACUUGAAGAUGCAGUAGUGUGUCAGUGUUAUAUUUCAUUAUCACUUACUGUGAUACCCUUGGUUUUACCUUUCUUUUCCUGACCAGCCAUUCAAGGUUUGGCGUCUCACCAUGGCUUUUUUUUUUAUGAAGUGACUUUAAUGAAAUAAUAUCUAUAUGAUUCUUAAAUGUACAAAGUCUUAAAGUUGGCCAGGGGUGGAUGGAAAGAGUUUGGGUAACUGUAAUGACGAAGACUCAUUGUAUGAGGCAACGUCACAACCCCUGUGUUUUUUUUUUUUUUCGUUCGAGAAAAGCCUUAUAUGCAAACCCUUUCACCUGUUUUCUGCAAGUGCCAUCCUUGUACAGUAUAAAGCGAAGUCAACUAGAGUUCUCUUUGCACCUGCUUUAGUAUUAAAUGAAAUAUUUCACCUUGUCGCUUGAAAUACCUACGUCAGUAUUAGUAUAUCUAGACUGCAGUUGUUUAGUUUACAUAUUGUUUGUGCAAUUUUCUGUAUUUUUUUUUUAAAGAUCAUCUGUCAGUAUUAUCUUGAUUUGUUUUGUUUUGUUCAAUACAAAAUUCAUUUUUAUUUUAAACUACCAUUUUAUUUAUGUGACUCAUUUUAUAUUUCCUAAUUAUAUUUAUUUCAUACUGUAGUGUACAGUAUUAUAGUUAAUUGAUAUAGAUAUAUUUUAGUAAAUAAGGAUCCUUACAAGUGGAGCAAAUUUUACUUAAAGAGAGCAUUUAUUGUAUCUGGAGCGAUUGCUGUGAAUUGCUCUUCAUACUACACUUACCUGAUGAAGGAGAAUCUACAAUUUGGGAACUUUUGAUACAAUAUUGUGAAAACACUGUAUUUUUGACUGAAAGGAAAAAUUCCACUUUAUUCAUCUUAUUUGUUUUUCCUUUUUUUUUUUUUUUUUUUUUUUUU